AUGGCAGUAGACAACACCUUUUCAUGGAAGCCUCAGAAUCUCGCAAACCUUGAGGGACUUAAAGUCCUUGUGGUAGGCGGAACCGGUGGGUUGGGUCGUUCGAUCAGUCAAGUUCUCGCUUCGGCAGGUGCUACUGUCACAGUCAUUGGACAGACAUUCAGAGACAGCGAAAGAAAGAACAUAAAGUUUAUCAAGGGGGAUCUCAGUUUGAUCGAGAACUCACAAACGCUUGCUAAAAACUUAGAUUUAUCCGACACGGACAUCGUGCUUUUCACGACUGGUAUAUUCGCUGCCUCUAAGAGAGAAGAGACCAAAGAAGGUUUAGAGCGUGAUAUGGCAGUCAGUUAUUUGAACCGCUUGACAAUGAUCCGUACAAUGGCCUCAAGGCUUAGCAAAACAGAGAAGAACAGCUUUGGGUUUAUUCCCAGAGUGUUUAUCAUGGCCUAUCCGGGAAGUGGUCAACUAGGAACCAUAGAUGACCUUAACCAAGAGAAAAGUUAUGGAGCUAUGAAAGCUCAUAUGAAUACAGUCGCCGGUAAUGAAUCUUUGGUCUACGACAGUGCUUCAAAAUAUGAUGGUGUUCAUUUUUAUGGGUUGAACCCUGGCAUUGUCAAGACAAAUAUUAGAGACAACUUUUUGGGUGAGAAUUCCUGGAAAUCAAGAAUUCUGGAAACUUUGAUUGGAUGGUUUACACGAACUCCAGAACAAUAUGCUAGUGGUAUUGCUCCCUUGCUCAUUGCUCCCGAACUCGAAGGUCGCAAUGGUGCGAUCUUUGACAGCAGAGGUAAGGCUCUUCUUCCAUCGAAAGGGUUAACAAAGAAAUACGCUUCUAGGUAUGUCGAGGCUUCAGAAAAGUUACUUUCAAGCAGAGGAUUGAUCUGA